AUUUGCCACGUUCUUCAUCCAGUUUGACCUAAUUAGUGGAGGUGGAUGGGUGGGACAGGUUCACUAUGCUUCUGCCUCUACUUGGUCCUCUGUUCUUUUGAAAGUUACCCUCGAGCAGUUCAAGCUGUGCUGUGACAGCAAGUUCUUGGUUCAAAUUAACAUUCAAGCAGGUUAGGAUGGUUAUUCAGCUGGCUUCCUGCCUGGUGUCCCACAUCACUGCUGCACCUUAAAGAGGCUGAGGGCAAAAUGCUAAAAUGUAUUGCAAGCACAUACAAUAAACAAUAUGUGUAUUUAUCUAAUGGAAAUAAAAUAUGGACACUGACAUUCUCUCCGGACCUUUCACAUAAAACUCCGCUUGUUCUCCUGCACGGGUUUGGAGGAGGUGUUGGACUGUGGGCUCUCAAUUUUGAAGAUCUCUGUGAGAACAGGACCGUUCAUGCUUUCGACCUCUUGGGAUUUGGACGUAGCAGUAGACCACACUUUGACACUGAUGCUCGGGAAGCAGAAAAUCAGUUUGUGGAAUCUAUAGAAGAAUGGAGAAAGGGGGUGGGGUUAGAAAAAAUGAUUUUACUUGGACACAACCUAGGUGGAUUCCUGGCUGCUGCUUACUCAUUAAAAUACCCAUCAAGGGUCAAACAUCUUAUCUUAGUGGAGCCAUGGGGUUUUCCAGAGAGGCCUGACAAUGCUGAACACGAAAGACCAAUUCCAAUCUGGAUCAAAGCACUAGGAGCUGUACUGAGUCCAUUUAACCCAUUAGCUGGGCUGAGGAUAGCAGGACCCUUUGGAUUAAGCCUUGUUCAGCGUUUAAGACCAGAUUUCAAGCGAAAAUAUUCGUCGAUGUUUGAUGAUAACACUGUGGCUGAAUAUAUCUAUCACUGCAAUGUACAGUCACCCAGUGGUGAAACAGCUUUCAAGAACAUGACUAUUCCUUACGGAUGGGCAAAAAGGCCGAUGCUGCAACGGAUUCCACAAAUGGAUCAAGACAUUCCUAUCACUGUGGUCUAUGGAGCACGUUCAUGUAUAGAUGGCAAUUCUGGCAGCACUAUCCAGUCUCUGAGACCAAAUUCAUAUGUGAAGACGAUAGCGAUCCUUGGCGCAGGUCAUUACGUGUAUGCUGAUCAACCCGAAGACUUCAAUCAGAAAGUGAAGGAUAUCUGUGAUUCUGUGGACUAACUGUCUUCUGUUCUUUAGAAAGUCAUGCCAUAGAUAACAUUUAAUAGCAAUACUCUCUAGGAAAUCACUGAAGAAUGCGGAGCCGAUGGAACGGGCUUUGUUUGCACACUGUUUCUUCUAAGAAGCCAUUUGCACACUUAAACCACUUAGUGCCUUUUGGGGGAGGUAUAGGGAGAUUUGAAGCAAACUUUGUACAGCUUUGUUUGAGAUUGGUCUUUAGCUUAUUGGCCUGUCAUAUAUGAAAUUACAUAUAGCUUUUUAAACUGGAAUUUUCUUCAAAAUGUAAUUGAAUUUUGCACAUGUUGAACUUAUAAAAGAUGCUGAAUUCUCCACUAACACAGAGAACUGUAUCAAUAUGGAUUCACAAUGUUCAAAACGCAAUUUGGUUUCUCUAUAAACUUUCAUAUUUUUUAAUUGAUGUUUCAUAGCAAGACUAUGAAAUUGCUUAUACAUUUUGGUUUUGGAAUCCAGAACUCCAUAGACAAUAUUUUAAGAAGGUGUAUUUUUUUUUUUAAUUGGAGUGAUAACAGCUUACAAAGCUGAUUUUGGGAAGGAACAGGGUCAAAAUAAUGAGCGGUAUCUAUCACUGAAGUUUGUGUGUAAGGGUGUAACGAAUUGGGGCUCUAUACCAGGAAAUCUUUCUUCUGUUGGAUCUUAUUUCCAUUGAUCUCAAGGCAUCUUUUUCCAUCUGUGCAACUUUUACAGAAGGCUCAGUUUGUAAGAGUCAAUGAUGUCACCAGCACUCAUGCUUCCAUAAAUAUUUUGAUAUGUAGAUUUCAGUGAUUUAAAAUGCAGAAGAUGGCUUGUUAGUUACUCCAUCUAUUUUUAACACUUUACUGCAAGAUUUGUUACUAGCCGAAACCCCUAACAAUUGUAGAUAAGUUGACAAAAUUUUGAUUAGGGCUAGGGAAUGGCCAUCUGGAUAGUGGGCAUAAUUCCCUUUUUCUUCAGGUAGAAAACCUAGUCCACUUUUUACUAAAUUUGGGGUGGAGGAGAGGCAGAGGAAGAACAUUGAUGUUCUCUAAUUGAGAACUACAGUGGGUUAGUGUAUUUUAGUUAACAUGCAGCCUCCUUAUAGGAAGGAUUAUUACUGGAAUAAACAAUACCACUGUAACAAAUUAUAAUUAUAUUUCUUGGAGGUUCUUUAUAUAAUUAUGUAUUUUAAUUGAGUAUUUCAGUAUCAGAGAUAAUCCAGUCUCUGCAUCUUUUUGAAAUCGUAGUUUGAUGUUAGUGCUUCACAUGCUUAGUAAAUUAUAUUAAACAAAAUACUUUGUCACUUUAAAGCCAAAUUAUGUGGUGGUUUGUUUUUUAGCAAGUUUACAUAAAACUAUUGAUCUGCUUUUGAAUAUUAAAUUGACUACUGAAGAGUUCUUGAUACUUUUAUACAUGGAGAAUUUGAAUUAAUGAUAGCACCGUCUUAAAGCUUGAGUGGAAUUCUGUGCAUUUUGUUCUCAAAUUAAGGAAUUGUUGCACAUAUUUAUGAUGUGGAAGGCAAAGAUACCUAAAAUAUUCAGGAAAUACUCUGAUUGUGUUCCCAGCCAAACAUAAUCUCUCUCUUUCUGAAGGAGACAUUUAUCUGUACGGUGCUAUGUAAACAUCAAACAGUCUUUGUGACUGCCUUGACUGAUGGCACUUAAUAUGUAACAAGCUAAAGAUUUUAAUUAAAAUUAAUUAUUGAAUUAAAUCACUUUUUCAAUUAGCAGAUGAUGGAAUUUUUAAACAAUAUUUUGGGUUAUUUGCUAAAAUCUUGAGUUCAAAAUGGAAAAUCAGAAUACCAACUGUAUUUUUUAAUAUAAGCUAUAAAUUACCAGUCAUGCCACCAUUUAGGUGGAUGCCUUCACUAUGUAUUUUUUCACCCCCUUUCAGUGUCUAAUUUGUAUUUAUCAACUUAAACAGCCGUUUUAAUUGUGUGUAAAAACCCAAUGCAAAAAUAUGUUCUGAGUCUCCUCCAAAUAACAGAAGGUGAAAAAAACUAACUAGUGGUAUUUUCAGAUAGCACUUACUGAUGGGAAUUCUAGAUUUCACAUCAAAAGAUGGAAGUAGGGAUAAAAAUUGCACACUGAAUGUGAAUAUUCUUUUAAAUAUCCCUUGCUUAUUCAGUUUAUUGUACUAAUAAGACUUACUGCUUAAGUUUUGCACAAUAAAAAAAAAUCUUAAAUGUUA